GGUUAAGUAAGUUAGUUAAUGGAAAAAUAUUACAAAUUAUUUUAAAAAAUGUUAAAUUGUGUAAAAAUUAUAGAAAGGUAUCAACUAUUUAAUGUCGAGAAAGUUCUUUGCUGCAGAUAUUUGAAUACAGAUGCAAAAGCAGAAAUAAGAGAUGAAUUCAGGGCACUUAACAUUAGAAAUCAAAAAGGAAUGCAAGAAAGGAGGCAGAGAAGACCACCAACUGUAAUACCACCUAGAACCAAUCAAAUGCCAAUAGAUCAAGAUUGGGGUAAUGUGUGGCCUGGUCCCAGAUCCUUUCAUCCAGCAUCAGUACCUCUCCCAGUCCGUCAAGGGUAUACAAAAAAAGGAGCUUCUCCAGAUAAAUAUGCCAAUGCUGAACUAAUUAAAAUACCUAAUUUUCUACACUUAACACCCCCAGUAAUAGAAAGACAGUGCAAAGCACUGAAGCAGUUUUGUACACCUUGGCCCAAAGCCUUGGAUACAGAUGAGAAAUGUGAAAAACAUUUUCCUUUUGAGCUUACCUUUAGUGACUAUUGUUUCUCUUCUCCCUCUAUAAGAAAUCCAUUGGCUAGGAUAGUAACACUUAGAUUUAAGUUGAAAUCUUUGAACUUAAAUGAGAGAGCAAAUGAUAAGUUUUUAAGGUUAGUUGGAGAUAGAUAUGAUGAAGCCACUGAUACUGUGACAAUAGUUACCGAUAGGUGUCCACUUAGGAAGCAGAAUUAUGAUUAUGCUUUGUAUUUGAUUACUGCUCUUUAUCAUGAAUCAUGGAAUGUUGAACCUUGGGAAGAAUUGAAAGCAGAAGCUGAUAUGCAAUAUUAUGACUGGAAAAAUAAUGCCUCAAGAACAAGCAUUGAGAAAUUAUUUGGUACAUCUUAUGAUAAAAUAGAAAAUGUGGAUGAGUAUGUAGAAUCUGUGGAAAAACUUAUGAAUGAAGGAGAAAAUGACUAUACAGUUACAAAAUAUGGCGAUGCAGUAAGAAAAUUAUUGGGUUUACCUUCUGCUCUAAGUUCAGUAUAAGUACUAGUAUAUAUAAAUAA